GGCUGGUUCGAAUUAUAAAUUCGAAUUCGAAUAAAAAUUUUUUUUUUUGCCAGAAUUAUAUGGGUGGCUCAUUCGAAUUAUAAAUUCGAUUCCGAAUAAAAAUUUAGUUUUUUUUCUUUUUUUGUCAGAGUUAUAUGGGUGGCUCGUUCGAAUUAUAAAUUCGAAUUUGAAUAAAAAUUUAUCUUUUUUUUUCUGCCGGAGUUAUAUGGGUGCUUCGUUGGAAUUAUAAAUUCGAAUUCGAAAAAAAAAAUUUUUCUUUUUCUUCGGCUAAUAAAAGGGGGGUGUGCGUCGAAAUUUUCAUUUAUAUUCGAACUCGAAUUAGGCAGCUACUCUGUUUUCGCGAAACAGUUUGUUGGUUUAGCUCUACUAAGACAUAUAAUAUCAAACUCAUACAAUUCUUGGAGCUUCUAAUAGCAGCAACGUCUUUUUUAGUCUGUAAUGUUUAGUAUGCUAAUAUUCAAAGCCAAUGAAGACUUCUUUCAAAAAGUUUUGACUAGGACUCACAGCAACUAGAAUUGAGGACCAGCUAACUAUUCUUUGAGUCUUUUCAAAUAAUGAUAUGAUUUCUUUACCAUUGGAUAGGUUUAGUCUAUUCUUAUUUGAAAUACUUAGUUCCUUAACACAGCUGAAAUGUAUUCCACUCCACAGAAGAAUGCUACUGCAGAGAGAAAGAUAAUGUGAGCUAAUCGGUAAGAUUUUUACAUUAGACUUCCUAUUUGAGGUUUAUUGAUACCUAAAUAUUAUCGCGGUUGCAUGAUGCUACUAGUUAGAAAGACAGCGACAACAGAAAAGAUUUUAUUCAAAACAUUUUUCUAUGAAAGCAUGAACUUGAAUACUGGUGGCUAUUGGGCUUCUGUAAAAAUCAGCUAAGACUGCUGCAUACGAGUGAUCCACAAUUUCAAGAAAAAUGUUGAGUUUGAAUCGACAGCAGCUUGUAAAAUCUAGCUAACUUUUCGUGAGUAUAAUGAAUUCAUUAGACAUAGUAUGAGCCCCUGAUGAAAGGAUAAGAAAGUGUUAGUCAAUAUUUAGAGCUUGUAUUUCCAAUACGAUUGAAGUUCUGCCAGUGGGAAAUUUUCCGGAUUAAAUCUCUUGAUCAUUGACUCCAUGAAAAUCCUUAAAAAUGAGCAAAAUAAGCAAAUUUUAGUUGACAAAAAUUUUAAAAAAACCGGUAAAAAACCGGUGAAGACCGGCCGGUCUGAGAAGUUAGACCGGACCGGAUCGGUAACCGGCAGACCGGCCGGUCCGGUUCCAAGUAUGACCCACACCCACACCCACACCCACACCCUGGCUAGGGCUUAGCUUUAUUUACAUGUCAGAUGUGAAAAUUCUGGCUUUCUCUAUACCCUAUUAGCUGAGAUGUUAGUCUAGUAGGGAGCCCAAAACUGGUAAAACUAGCUGUUUCAUUUGUUCAAUUUCUUCCCUAGACUUAGUAUUUCAAACGCAAUUCAAUUUCAAUACAGUUCUAUAUUUUAUUAUUGACAUAGACGCUUAUUUAUUAUUCCAAAGAUUGAGUUGUGUGUUCCAUUGAAUAAGAAGCCAAACGGAAGCACUUCUUUCGAUUCAAUUAUUUUUUUCUUUUUGCGUUCUACAACAAAUAAACCGAAGUCGAAAUGAUCGGCAACGAAUUAUCGGCGCGGUAGAUUUCUGAUUGAUUUUCAAAGAAUAUGAUCACAGUAUGCUAACGUCAAGCUCGUUUGACAUCGUUGAGUUUAUUCACAAUGUUUGCAUUGAGAAAUAAAACAGUUGCAUAUCUAAAUUGAAAGAAAGUUUCAUUGAUUCUACCCUACUAUUGAAAACUAUUUGUGAAUAUCUAUUCUCGAUUCCAGUUUUAAAUCGAGAAAACCAUAGACUGAUUUGGCUCCUUACUAUUCAAAUAUACUACCAUAUGAUUUCAGUUAUCACCUACAGGUCUUCUACAGCAAGUCACACAGGGUUAACAGACCAGUGAUUUGAGGUGAUAUGAGGCUAACGAUUUUGCUUUGCGUGUUGCAUACAAAAGUAAAAAUAUCUGAGUAUUGUCAGUGAGAUUUCAAGAAAAGGGGGGUGAAGGACAUUUUCAAUUCACUCUCGCUUGCACACCAUUUUUAUUUAUACGAAAUUCAUGACUUUGUAUUAGAUGUAAAAAACUAAAAUAUGUUAAUUCAAUUUUUUUCGUUAGAAAAUUUAUUUGAUGAAAUCUGAGUGCCUCAUGUCGACCUACAAGAAGCCUUUGUGUAACAUACAUCUCCUCGUUGUGAAGAAACCUACAACAUGUAUACUUAUCUACUGAUUCUUUUUCUCCUUUCUGCAAUAUAUAAUACAAUAUAUCAUAGAUGGAACCGGUCUAAUUUUUUUUAGACCGGCACCGGUACCGGUCUGAAACUUUUAGACCGGAUCGGACCGGCCGACAUACUGGUUUGACCGGCCUACCGGUAAAAACCGAUCUGACUGGUCUAAACCAGUCUAAUCGGUCCCAACCGGUCUUACCGGUCCAAAUCGGUCGAAACUAGUCUAUGUUUCUAAAAAUUGUGUACUUGAUUUUGUCAUCGAAGAAAGGGUUUUUUGCAAAAAAACUGAUUUUUUAUAAAGUUUGACCGAAGGUAAUCAAGGUCGAGAAGCUCAAAUCUGUAAUCGGUUUUUCGAAAUUUUGAGUUUAGUUUUUUCCAAAAAAAAGUUUUUUACAAAAAAAAAUCACAUUUUGCUAAAAAAUUAUUCUUUUGUAAAAAAAACUAUUUUUUGCUAAAAACUUAUUUCUUGUUAAAAAACCAUUUUUUGGUAAAAAACGGUUUUUUACCAAAAAAACGCUUUUUUUAAUCAAAAAAAUCAUUCUUUAGCAGAAAAAUAGUUUUUUAACCAAAAAAAUGGUUUUUUUUGCAAAAAAAAAUAAUUUUUUAGCAAAAGAAUAGUUUUUUCUACCAAAAAUAAUUUUUUAGCAAAAUAUGAUUUUUUUUUGUAAAAAAAAUUUUGUUGAAAAAAAUUAAACUCAAAACUUCGGAAAACCGAUAACAGAUUCGAAUUCCUCAACCCCAAAAACUUUUAGUCAAGUUUUAUAAAAAAAAUCGUUAUUUUUGGAAAAACCCUUUCCCUAAUGAAAAAAACUAAACUCAAAAUUUCCAAAAACCGAUUACAGAUUUGAACUCCUCGACCUCGAUUACCUUUGGUCAAACUUUAUAAAAAAUCAGUUUUUUUGCAAAAAAUCCUUUCUUUGGUAAACAAAAUCAAGUAUCCAAAUUUUAAACAUAGACUGGUUUCGACCGAUUUGGACCCGUAAGACCGGUCUAGACCGGUUUGGACCGGUCAGAUCGGUUUAGACCGAUCAGACCAGUCGACCGGUAGACCGGUCGAUCCGAAAUCCAGACCGGUACCGGUACCAUCUAUGCAAUAUAUCAGUGAAGUGAAAUACAAACGCUCAUUUUCUUGUCGAACACAAUCGCACACUACAAUCAAGAUCCAGUCGAUAAACAUAGCAAACCACAGGAUAAUCAAUCUUAUCCAGUAUUGUUAACUAUACUUGUAGAUCCACACAAUAUUCCGUGUUAUCUUCCGCUAUCAAUGCCAUCUGUCGGUAAAGUUUCUCAUCAAGUGCGUAAUUCAUCAUUGGAAUUUCUGUCUCUAUUCUUACGAGUCAUUCAAUCUAGUAUCAUCAUUCAUUGACAAAAGACAUGCGAUCUCAUUUUGUUAUCCAUGUAACCACUCGAUCACCAAAAACUAAUAUCCAUCCGACGAACAAUCAGUCUGCCAAUCCUCAAAACAUUUUGUUUCCGGUUAUAUUCUUAAAAUCUUUGAUUAUUCAUAUUUUCCUUUGUGUAAUUAGAUGUCAACUAUGUUGGCUGCGCGUUAUCAUCAAGGAAAAUCUCAGGCUGCCAUGAUCAGAGGAGAGAGAAGAGGAAAGAGGACGAAAGAGGGCAGAAAGAAUAUACGAGAGGUGACUUCCCAUCGGGAUCUUCUUGCAACAGCCCAGGAUAAGUCUGCCAAACAAAUUGUCAGUGAAAAUUUUCGUAAAUCAGUAAACAAUCAAACACGUGCCGACAAUGUCACCAAAAUUAAUCAAUAUUCCCAGUCAUCAAUGCAGGUGAGAUAGCAAAAUGAGGAGCAUGAUCAUUAUUAGAUUCUAUACACCUAAGUAUUUAUUAUUGAAGAUCUGGAAAUUGUUUAGUUUUCGUUCUAUGAACAAGUUCUUAUUUGAAGUAUAUACAUCUUCAUCAAAUUUUAGAAACUGUUAAAAGCUCUAAUUUGAUACAAAAUUCGAUAGAGAGAGUGUGUUCAACAAUUUUUACCCUAAUAAGUAUAUUUGUGUGCAACUCGUAUGUUUGACUACAUGCUAUGUUAGCUAAACUCUUAAUGAAAUGGUUCUUCAAACGGAGAGAAUGAUCAUUGUAAUAAAAAUCUAAUGUUUGUCUAUAAAUAAACGAUUUUUAUGUAGGCUUUCUACACUUUUUCCCCUUUUAUCAAUGGGCAACAUAAUUUGAACCCAUACAACCACUAGUUUUAAGAAAUAGAAUUUAUAUCUAAAAAAUUUAGUGAAAAAGGAUAGAAUGACAAUAGAACUAGAGAACUUUAGCAUCCUAUUGCGCAAAACUGCAUUUUGACGUUUUUUCAAGGAAAAAUGUUUGCCUUUAAGCAUCGUUUGCAUAAAACAAACUGGAAACGUAUUCAUUUACAUAGCGUCUAUCUUGAAAAAAAGUAUUUCAAAGGGAAAGUACUAAAUAAGGAUUGAAAACACAAGGAAAUACUAUCAUGUUAUAUGUAGUUCAAUAGCCUUUUUCUUAGUUAGUUUCUAUAUUGUAAUCGAACUUUUCCUGAUUCCAUCAAAAACACCUGCCUUAGAAAACAGGUUAGAGAUUGAUCAAAAGUCAGAUGAUAGAUUGAAGGAGUUUCGAGAAUAUAUUUUAAAAAGAUAACGAAUGAUCAACAAGUAUUUAUUGGUAUAAACUAAAGCAACCUAGUCCUCGUGAUAUUCCCUUUUCUGUGAGUUAAAUAUAAAAUUAUUUUUGUCCCAAUGGGUUAUAUUUGCAUUUGAGGCAUUCUUUCAAAUAAUUUUAUUUAAUUCGAUAAUAAAACUGAAACCAAAAUGAAACGAUUUAUCCUUUUUCUUUUGUCUAUAUUCAUCUUUUAAAUUAAUUCAGGCAACUGGCUCACGAUCAAAUGGAGUGGAUUUUCAAGAUAUCCAUCACCAAGCGUCGAACGGAAAUAAAACGAAUCACUAUUUUAAAUACAUUCGUUGUCAUUAUUCACCUGUCUGUUUAAUUCUGUCUCUACUUGCUCUUCUUCUUCUCGGUGCGGGUAUUGCUGCAAUGCUUGUCGCCUUGAUCGGUAUUCCUAAAACUACAAUAACAGCAACAACAGCGAUGACAACAACAACAACAGCUACUCUAAAAGAUGGUGAUAAUGUCCUGGGUGUAGCUUUAGGAAAAGGAAUUUAUAGAGCUGAAAAACCACUUGGUGGACGAUACUAUAAAUUUCUGACAACAUCACAUCCAAUGAAGUUGAUUGCACAACUACAGUUGAACUAUACGAAUGGAAAUUGUCAAUAUAUUGUGUCAGAUUCUAGCUGGCUAACGACUGUUACAGGUCCUUUACUUGAAUCUAGCUGGUACGGUGGUGAAGAAUAUGAUGCACGAAAGGAACUUAUUGGCUGGGAUACACCAACAUAUGACUAUUCGACAUGGAAGAUGGCAGAUAUUUCGACCAUACCAAAUCCCAAUGCUACUUAUCGAGCUCGACAAUCUCCUUCUAUCCAACCAGUUGAAGAAAUUACAGCCAUCUCUGUUACAGAUAAAGGUCAUGGUACGUAUGUCUUUGAUUUAGGGGUCAAUCAUGCGGGUUGGCCAAAGUUAAGUAUGAGAGGCCCACGUGGAACAACUGUCACUAUGAGACCAGCUGAGUUGCUCAGCUCAGAUGGAACUAUCAAUCAAGAAACUGAGGGCACUCCGAUUUAUGAUCGUUAUACCUUUUCUGGUAACGGUAUCGAGACCUAUGUUCCAAUCUUUAGAUAUCAUGGUUUUCGUUACUUGCAAGUAGAAAAUUUAACCUAUGUACCACAAGUUAACGAUCUCAAAAGCUACACAUUGCGUAUUAACAACGAUGUGACCGGUACAUUCAAUAGUUCUAUUAAACUCUUGAAUGAUAUCCAUAAAAUUGUCAACCGAGCCGUACAGAGUAAUAUGUUCUCUGUAUUUACUGACUGUCCUCAUCGAGAAAAACUUGGCUGGUUGGAACAAACUCAUCUUGUUUUUCCUGCCAUUCAACGCUUUUUCGAUAUCCAAGCCCAUGGCCGCUCAAUCGUUCGCCGCAUAGCUGAAGCACAAUUGAAUAAUGGAAUGGUUCCAUCAACUGCUCCUGAAUAUCCAAUUUUCAGUGGUGGCUUCCGAGAUGAGCCGAAUUGGGGAAAUAGUAUUAUUCUCCUACCAUUGUAUCUUUACCAGUCUUAUGGAGAGAAAGCUUUACUAGAAGAAUUUUAUUCCAACAUGGUCUCAUGGAUUGAUUAUUUGACGUCCAAAGCCAAAAAUAAUAUUGUAUCAUACGGUCUUGGCGAUUGGUUUGCCAUCGAUCAAUCAACUCCUGUUGGAGUCACUGGAACAUAUGGUUAUUGGAUGUCUGCUAAUGGACUUGCAACGAUUGCUUAUGCUUUGAAUAAGAUAGCUGAUGCUCAAAAAUAUUCAGACUUAACAUCAAAUAUCUCAUCUGCCUUUCAUACGACUUACUUCAAUGCGACUGCUCAUACCUACGCCACAGGAAGUCAAGCUGCUGAUGUAUUUGCAUUAGAAAUGGGUGCAGUACCGAUCACAGAACAACAAAACGUUAUUCAACAUCUGAUUAAUGACAUCCGUCAACGUGGAAACCAUACGUCUACUGGCGAAGUUUCUCUGCCAUCUUGGUUUCGAAUGCUAAGUUUCUAUGGCCAUGACGAUGUAGUCUAUGACUUUCUCUCACGUACGGACAGUCCAAGUUAUGGUUAUGUAAUUAUUCAUGGUGCAACAUCUCUUACCGAAGAUUGGGAUGGUCCCGCUCCAGCUCGAGGUCAAUCGCUGGCCAGCCAAAAUCAUUUCAGCUUUGGUGCUGUGGACGAAUGGUUGAUGUGCUCUCUUGCAGGUAUAAAACAGGCUGCUAACUCUAUAGACUAUCGCAUCUUAGAUAUUAAACCUGCUAUUGUUGGAAAUAUCAGUCAUAUUAAGGUAACUUAUAGAACAACCAGAGGAUGGAUUGAGACUCAAUGGAAUCGAGCUGGGACAACUUUUACAUUGAAAGUUAUGCUUCCAUAUGGAUCGAUUGCAAAUGUUUAUAUACCAGGAACGGACGCGACAUCAGAUUAUGGAACAUUGAUACAAGUCAGAAAGACAGAACCUAUGACCAUAUUUAAAAUUGAAAGUGGAAGUUAUACGUUUAAAUCGGUUAUUAAUGUAAAUACAAAACGAAACUGA